UUCCCCUUCUCUUCUCCUCUCCCUUCCGUCUUUGCCCUCUCGCGGGUUGCUCCAUCUCUUAGGGUUUCUUCUCCUCAUGCUUUCUGGUUUCUCCGUUGAUUCGUCGGCGGCCUUUUCCCCGGAAAUCGUCUUGAUUCCAUUGUUGUUUUCGCUGCUGGUGCUCGGAUUUGGCUCCUCGGGGCUGCUCCUUCGUCAUCUACACUCAUGGCGGCUCUCGUCAAACGCGGAGUUUCUUAUAAUCGAUGAAGCCGACCGAAUAUUGGAGGCUAACUUUGAGGAAGACAUGGAGCAAAUAUUUAAGCGGCUGCCAAAGGUUGAGGAUUUUGCGAACUUAUCAUUUAAGGAAAACCCUGUAUAUGUAGGUGUUGAUGAUGGAAGGUCGAAGGUGACCGUCGAAGGGUUGCAGCAGGGCUAUUGUGUCGUGCCUAGCAAUAAAAGGUUUCUGGUCUUGUAUGCUUUUCUUAAGAGGAACCUUUCGAAGAAGAUAAUGGUCUUCUUCUCCUCAUGCAAUUCGGUCAAGUACCAUUCUGAGCUUCUCAGAUACAUUCAUGUCGAUUGUCUCGACAUCCAUGGAAAGCAGAAGCAGCAGAAACGAACUAGUACAUUCUUUGAGUUCUGCAAAGCUGAAAAGGGUAUAUACUGCUCUGCACUGAUGUUGCUGCUCGUGGACUUGAUAUUCCUGCUGUGGACUGGAUUGGCCAAUAUGAUCCUCCUGAUGAACUAA